AUGAUAAGUGUGUGCGGUGGUAGUGUUAAUAAAGUUAAUAUUAUAAAAGACAAUUUCAAUAAGUCUAAGGAAAAUUUAAAUGUGGACAUUAUGAAAGCGUUACAGCAUAAUGCUAGUGUUAAACAUGGUGACAAUAAUGUUGUGAGAAGUACUCAGAAAGCUCUGGAGAAGGAUGAUGAAACAUCUGAUAAAUACUCCUCCGAAGUUCAGGAAUUAAGUAAAUAUUAUACGUAUUAUAAAAACAAAGAAGAUACAAAUAAUGAAACAGAAGAAAAUGAUAUAUAUGUUGAGAGAGAUAUAUACGAUGAUACACGAGCCGUGGGAUAUCCUCACGAUUUAGCUACAAAUCCUUUUUAUAUAAAAAAGACGAAUUUCAAUCUAAGACCUGAGGUACCUCAAUUUAAUGAGAAAAUAUUAAAAUUAGGAGUGCUAUUACCAGCAGAUUCCACUCAGGUAUUUUCGUUGGCUAAAGUUUUGCCUAUCGUUGAAAUGGCAAUACCUGCUAUGACGAAACCCGAUGGACCAUUACCGGGAUGGAAAAUAUUAGUCGAUUAUAGAGAUACGAGGUGUUCGUCUGUUGAAGGACCACUUGCUGCUUUUGAAUUCUAUGUGAAUGGCUCAGCAGAUGCUUUUAUAGGACCUGGAUGUGAAUACGUUAUUGCUCCCGUUGCGAGAUAUGCAGGUUCCUGGGGUAUUCCAGUUAUCACUGCUGGAGCUCAGGCUGAGGCGUUCGGUUACAAGCAUCCAAGCUAUAUGACAUUAACUAGAAUGAUGGGAAGCUACACUCAGGCGGGCGUUGCUAUACGAAAAGUCUUUGAGGAGUUCAAUUGGCGUAAACUUGGGAUGCUUUAUCACAACAACAAUCCAUCUACUGGAAAAGGCAACAGUCCUUGCUUCAUGACACUGAGCGCCAUAUUCUCAGUGCUUCAGAAGAAAGGCACAGGGAACAUAUCAAAUAUUCCCUUCGACGAAACAAAUACAACCACAACUAAAAUAAAAGAAUUGCUAAUGAAACUCUCUCUUUCCACGCGAAUUGUCGUAGUUUGUGCUAACCCGAGUACAGUGAGAGAGAUAAUGUUGGCGGCGGAUGAUCUCAACAUGGUGUCAUCUGGUGAAUACGUGUUCUUCAAUAUCGAACUCUUCUCCAAUUUAGCUUCCGCUUCAUCUAAAGAACCCUGGAAAGUGGAAGGUGACACUGAAGAAAGGAAUGAGAGAGCUAGAAGAGCUUAUAGUGCUGUUCUUACAGUCACAAGUCCAGCACCCGAGAAGAAAGAAUAUUUAGAGUUCUCGGAUCAGGUCAAAGAAUUGGCUGCCACAAAAUAUAAUUACACAUUCGGAAAAGGUGAAGUGGUUUCUACAUUCGUAGCGGCAUUUUACGAUGCGGUUCUUCUUUACGCCUUGGCCCUAAACGAUACUUUACGACAAGCGACAAAUCCUAGAGGACAACUUGAUGGAGCAGCUGUUAUCAAGAACAUGUGGAAUAGGACUUUUCAAGGAAUAACUGGAGAGGUCAUUAUCAAUGGAAACGGCGACCGUGUGGCGUCUUACUCCUUACUGGAUAUGAAUCCAAAUACAAGCAAAUUUGAGGUAGUCGCGACAUAUGUGGCAGCAAACUCUUCUCUACAGUUUAUUGAGAAUCGCCCUAUUCAUUGGGCUGGAGGCCGCGACACCCCACCUCCCGACACCCCCCGCUGCGGUUUCGAUGGUUCCCUAUGCCCUGAUACCUCUUUACCAGUGUAUGCUAUUUUGAGUAUCAUCCUGAGCUCGGUAGUGGUAAUCUUAGCCAUCCUGUCGGUAUUUAUUUACAGACACUACAAAUUAGAAGCUGAGAUAGCUAUGAUGACGUGGCGAGUGAGCUGGUCAGAUGUAUUGUUACCGGGACGUUUUCGUGGCAGUAUUCACUCAUUAGCUAGAAGAUAUAGUUCAGGGACCGCAUAUUCUGAUGAAGCAACUUCCCUUCCCGGAGAUCGUCAAGUGUAUGCUCCUUGUGGGUUUUACAAAGGCUGUCGUGUUGCUGUAAAAAAGGUUGACAAACAAAGAAUUGACCUAACAAGACCGUUACUAUUGGAACUUAAGAAGAUGAAAGACCUAGAACAUGAUCAUCUUGCGAGGUUUUAUGGUGCAUGUGUUGAUCCUCCACAUUGCUGCCUACUCACUGAGUACUGUCCUAAAGGUUCGCUACAGGAUAUUUUGGAGAACGACACUAUCAAGUUGGAUUGGAUGUUCAAAGUCAGUCUGAUGCAUGACAUCGUGAAGGGAAUGCACUAUCUUCAUAGUAGCGACAUAAAAUCUCAUGGGGCUUUGAAAUCUAGUAAUUGUGUUGUGGAUUCCCGUUUUGUACUCAAAAUAACGGAUUUUGGUCUGAAUGCUCUAAGAACAUCUGAGAAAGAUGCUAAAGCACAUAGCUAUUGGACUCGUUUGUUGUGGACGGCUCCUGAACUGCUUCGAAUGGCCGAUCCUCCUCCCGAGGGAACGCAGAAAGGAGAUGUUUAUUCAUACGGUAUCAUUAUGCAUGAAAUAGUUAAUCGACAGGGCGUAUUUUGGAUAGGACCAGACAUUGAUUUAUCACCUAAAGAAAUAAUAGACGCAGUAAAAGGUAGUAACUUACGUCCGAACACGACGUAUAAUCGGUCUUGCGAAGCGGAUGAUGCCACUGAACUUAUGAAGCGAUGUUGGACGGAGGAUCCUGUCGAAAGACCAGAUUUUGGACAUUUGAAAGGAGCUAUUCGACGGCUUAAUAAAACUCAAGAAAGUAGUAAUAUUUUAGAUAAUUUGCUAUCACGUAUGGAACAAUACGCUAAUAACUUAGAAACAUUAGUUAGUGAACGUACACAGGACUAUUUGGAAGAAAAGAAGAAGUGUGAGGAAUUAUUGUAUCAACUUUUGCCAAAGUCGGUAGCCUCUCAACUCAUCAACGGCCAAUCAGUAGUGGCAGAAACCUUCGAACAAGUCACUAUUUAUUUCUCUGAUAUUGUUGGUUUCACCGCUCUCUCUGCCUCCUCUACUCCAAUGCAGGUUGUAGAUCUGCUUAACGACCUUUACACGUGUUUCGACUCCAUCGUUGAGAAUUAUGACGUUUAUAAAGUAGAAACAAUAGGUGACGCGUAUAUGGUAGUAUCUGGUUUGCCGGAGCGGAAUGGCACGCGUCACGCUUGUGAAGUCGCUAGGAUGGCGCUCGCUUUACUUGAUGCAGUCAGAAGAUUCCGAAUACGACACAGACCGACCGACCAGCUCAAGCUGAGGAUUGGAUUGCAUUCUGGUCCCUGUGUUGCCGGGGUAGUUGGUUUGAAAAUGCCCCGAUACUGUUUAUUUGGAGACACGGUUAACACGGCGUCAAGGAUGGAGUCGAAUGGUGAGGCUCUCAAAAUACAUGUGUCGCCAACUACUAAAGCAUUGUUAGAUACAUUUGGAACAUUCCGAUUGGAGUGCAGAGGAGAGGUCGCGAUGAAGGGAAAAGGAGUUCUAGUCACAUAUUGGUUAUUAGGAGAGAAAGUUGAUACGAGUGCACCUAAGGAAACAAAAGAAAAGAAUCAACUUCCGAAAUUGCAAAAUCAAUCUACGGAUAGUGGAUCAUUAUCUCAUCUUACACAAUUUAGAAAUCGAUUAGACCAAGGUUCUAGAUCUUCUAGUAGAAGAGGUUCCGGUAUACUGGUUCAAAAACAAGUAGAUUUAAGCAAAUUGGAUAAAGAGGUCCAACCAAUUUUACAAACUAUAAGCAUUCUGCAAAAACAGCAUUCAGAUCCUACAGAACCGAUCUCUAAUGGUGUAGCAGAUACAGACGACGUAGACAAACUAAGUGUCAAUAAUGCAAUACCACUUAAUGUAAACUCCCUUCAUAAUAACUUUAAUCAGACAGGUCAGCCCAAAGUUAAGUUGAAGGAUAAUCAGAUUAACUUAAUUGGAAAUCAUAAAACGAAUAAAAUAGGCAAUAACAACUGGCUGUCAAAGCUACCUACAGCAAGUUCCUUUGACAACGGAGCUAAGAAAGUUAGUGAAAGACUUAAAGAUUACAGCAGUGUACCUCUGUUAUCAAAAGUUGAUAAACCAAAUGAUUCCAUUGUAUGA